AUGGCGCCUCGCACGGGAACCGUGUCCCAUGCCAUCGCUGGUUUACAACAAUUGAAUCCUGCUUCGAAGCGGAAGCACCUUGGCCAGGUCACAGGCAACAAUAUGCACUCUAAGCGCCAACGUCUGGAGGCAGCCUUCCCAAAGGCCACCAUUCCAUCGCACCGUUUCUCGAUCCUCGAAGACCAAGUUCCAGACGUCAAGGACGACGACGACGACGCCGACGAGCAGAAUUACGAUCAUCUCUGGCAUAUUAUCAGGGAACGGAAGGCACAACGAUACCUGAGCGAAGCCGCUAUGGAAAGGUUGGAUCAAGAGAAAGCUGAGGAGACAGGGUCAACGACGACCGCGAAGGCUCGAAAAGAUCAGCAGCUAUUUGCGGAAGAGAUGUUGCAUCCUCGCUGGAUCGCAAUCAAGCGAAACAAGCCAUCCUCGGACCCACAGCACCGACUGCGACAGUUGGUACACGAGUUUUUAAGCCGGAAUGACACCCCGUUCGAAGGCCUUGAGUCGUUGGUUGGGCGGUUGCACGUAAACAUCGACGAGAUCGAGCAAAGACGGAUCCGCUCCCGGUUGGAGUAUCUGAAUGCCUCGCACGCAUCUGAGGCACAAUGGGAAUCGGACCUAUGGAGACACUGGUUUCUAAAAGGGUCGGUCCAAACACCGGACAGCGAUCCUAUUGAGAGUAAGCCCUUCAUGGGUCGCGUUGUCCAGGCCAAGAUGUCUCUAUCAAUUAGAAGGGGCGCAGUGCUCCCUCCGCUGCUGGCCUCGGCGGAUGAUCGAAGAGCAUCUGGGUUGCAUGUCGCAAAGAUUCCAUGGGAUCCAGACCUGAGAAAGAAUAAAGGCAAUCAAGAGCGUUGGUAUCCGGAUUAUCUUUAUGCGGUUUCUCAGUCCUCACUUGCCACUCGUGGAAACGACUACUAUGCGCAUGAAGUGGAGAACACGCUACCCGCCUUUCGAAUCGCUCAACACAGUUAUCUCCCUGCAAGCUGGCUUGCAGAAAUCAAGUCCGCGGAUACCGAACUCAACCACCUUGCAGCAGAGAACUACCUCGCCUUUAUGAGCGCCUACCUCCUGCAUGAACGGCUCAUCCUCCGUUGGCUGACGAAGAACAACUGCAAGGGCUCCAUAAAUGCUGUCGAAAUCGACGAUAGCCUUGCAAUUCACUGCAUUUCUUGCUGUGGCCCAAUUUGUAAAAUCUGGCGAAUGUCGAUUCGACCAAGGCCGGAUCCGUCAAGCUCACCCCUCAAACCAGUGAGAUAUGACAUGCAACGCCUUGAUACACUUGAUAUCCGAAACAACCGAGGGGUUAGCCGACUUGGUGACUGGAUCAACAUACUAAAUGCAUUUGGUUUGACUGCCCAGCUGGGAGGUAUUGCCGCAGACCUUGAGGCAAUAGAUGCUAACCCACCGGUAUCUGACGAAUACUCCUGGGCCUCCGAGAAAGGCUUUGUGUAUAACCCCGUCUCGGAAGGCAACUCGGAAGGCAUUCAUAUUCUGGCUGUACCGUUGAAAGAACUUCGCAACGCAUACACAAAGGGCACCAUUAAAGCCGACGAAUACAUCGGGAACAAAGUCGUUCAAGAAUGGAAUAGCGAAGGCGUCCCUCUUGAGGUUGACAUUACCCUGCCGAAGCAUCUCCCAACACCUCCUAGUUCACACGAACCAAGUGCAUCCACUUCUGAGCAAGCAGUCGAGGCAAAUGCUAUUCAGCGGGCCUCAUUGUCUAUUCAUGCCAACGCAUCGACUUGGACAGCACACAUUACUGACACUGAGUUUACCAAAUUCAGCCGUAAGGGGCUUGUCGUCAUGGCCAGCGCCUUUUCCUCUCGUAUCACUGGCCCCAGUCAGAGUGCCCCCGCAAGCAAUGCUUCCAAGGAGGCUCUUGUUACCUACCUCGUUAGCGUACAGACUCAGCUAGGUACGGGUUUGGAUGCCGCGGUUGUGUGGAAGAGAAUGGGCUUACAGCGUGGCGACGUGAAAAAGCUUCGAGUGGAGACGUUGCGCAUCGCUUGUGUGGACCUGGGUGGCGAGAGUAUAGGCAAGACGAAACCGGAGCUAGCUGACAUGGUAGAAGAGUUACUAGAGCUGGAAUAG